CGGACGGCCCCCGCCCGCCGGCCCACCGUGCAGCGGGGCGCGGUGGUCGCGGGACGGCAGCGCGCAGUGACCGGCCGGCCGGGCUGACCUGAGGUGGCCGACUGUUCGGCAGCGGACAGCCGUCUACUGCACCGAGUGACCAGUUCUGUGCAAACGUCUGACGCUGUCUGGCAGAAGCCACUGGACCCUCGACCUCCAGUUGGACACGAUGGCCCUGCCGCGGUCCGCCGCAGCCGCUCGGGUCGCCCUGGUGGCCUCUCUGCUGGCCGUGGUCUGCCCGCAGCUCCCCACGGAGCAGCCGUUCACGUGCCUCGCCGAGGGAGGGCACCUGGUCUGCCGCGACAACGGCACCCGUGUCGAAUUUCGCUCCGAGACGGCCACGUGGCGAGAGGCGCACGCGCUGUGCCGCCGGCGCGGCGCCUUCCUGGUGCCCUCCCGCCGGGCGUUCAACAGUGUGAUCCUCGACCGGCUGUACCAGCGGGCGGCCGGUCAUGGAGACUUCUGGCUGGGGGCCCGAUACCUGCGAAACGGCUACUAUGAGUGGCUUCUCCAGAUGAGUGAUUCUGGACAAGUUUACUAUGAAGAGGUUGGACGAUCUUCUUCAGCAUAUUCCUUUGACCACUUCAAUCUCUGCCAGUACGUAACAGUUGUUGACAACGAAUUAGAGGCCGACUGGCUACCUUGUGAGGAGACUCGAAGAGUAGUGUGUUUUUCAAACGACGCAACGGACGAUGAAGUGCGUUCAGCCGGUUAUCUUCCGUCAAUGACAGCUGUCUACGACGACAGGGUUAUUCAGCUGGGACCAAAGUCAGACGAGGUGCUGCUGCUCAACCGCGCAGCUUUGCAAGGUGACUUUGAACUAAUUCUACGCUGCGGCCCAGGUGACAGCAUUGUCAAGGACCAUUUCAUCCUGGGAAAAACUCAGUAUGUGUCGCGGUGGUGGCUUGGAAACUUCACCAUCACUCGCCAGAUGUUUCCGCAGCCGGAGAGUAGCGCUCUCGGCGUCGGGACGUACUGGUGCCAGAGGUACGUGGAAGGCACCGUCGACCCUGCCGUCAGCGGCAGACUCCACCUGACGAGCUCUGAGGACCUGCAAGUGCUGACGGUGGCCGCAGACGGGGCAGUGAGAGCGCUCCAACUACUUCUGUCUGAUGACUCCGACUACGAUUAUGGCUCUGGCUACCUGCCGGACGAAGUUGAUGGCCUUGGGCCCGAUGACAGCAGUGGAACGUUUGACAUUCUGGAACAACUGAGGGUGUUCCUUAGGUCAGGCUCGCCCGAACUCAACUUUCUAGCAGUGUAUGAAUUUACUGGACGCCAAGUGACACCGAAUUCGGCCUCCGAUGAGUUUGAUGACCGUCAAAGAAGAAGAACCGUGUCCAUCCUAGUUGGUUCCAGUUCCCCUCUGAACGGUUCACUGCUGCAUACCGCAAAUAUCACAAGCCAAUCAGCAGCCUCACGUUACGGGCUCAGAGACGUUUUCAACUGUGCAGAAGAGGAAGUGCAAGAUCAUGUCUGGAGACAGUCUUCAAAUAGUUACGGCUUUGUCACAUCAGAGCCGGCUUGUGUCGUCCCAGGGCUCAAUUCAUUCUUGAGAAGACAAUGCAAGCCUAGCUUUGGACGAGAAGGUGCCCAGUGGGGUCCGUUCUGCGCUGCCGGAGACUGCAGCUCACAGCCUUUUCCCUGUCAACCACCGCCACCCGCAUGUCCACCAGGAUUCAUAAGGUCCGGUAUGGACAGGUCUGAAUUUUCCUCCGAGCUGCUUUGUUCCCGUCUGGUAACCGGUGUCACCUUUCAGGGAAGAACAUCAGCAUGUCGUCAACAACAUCCUAGUGCGGUACCUUGGCAUCCAAGGCGAAGACUCUUGGAACUCAGCUUUAUUUCGCCCGCUGUGUUCAACCAUACACUUUGGCUUCCGUUUCGAAGACUGUGGUCUCUUGGAGCAUUCCUGCCCGAUGUUCUGGGUCUUCUGUCCCGUGACGAUCGAGCGGUGGCAAAUCUGAAUGCUAGCCUCGAUUGUGCAGCAGUGACUCCACGUGGAUGGCUGGUUAGUUCUGCAUGCACGGAUCGGCAUGCUGUGUUGUGUGUCACAAGGCCACUGUAUUCACAGGCCGUGCAGCCCAGUCAAUCAAUCCUGAGCGCUCGUGGACGACCAUGUCAGACUGUUCUCGGGCUCGGCGCCCGGUCACCUGGGGACGUCGAACGCUGUUUCGCCUUUCUUUGUCCGGCAACCGAAUCUCAAAUAUCGUGGUCAGAGGCGUCGUCUCUAUGCACCGACUCCAACUCUUCGCUGGCAAGUUUGACAUCUCAAAGACAACUCGAUGCUCUGGUACGGUUCGGGCGUGCUCUCGAGAGACCUGCACGAGUUGCAGUUAAUCUGAAGAGGCACAGCAGCCGAUUGGUUUGGGGUGACGGUACCCCGCUCUCAUAUCCGGCCCUUGCAUCGGAUGCUUCCACAUCUGGAGACCAAGACCGGGGAAUUUUAGACAUUUCUCGUGGCUUGUACGAUAUUGUAGAAAGCGAUCAGGCGAUUGCAAGCUGCGCACUGUGCCACAGAUAUAUUCAUGCUGGUCCCCCUGAAAUUGUUCUUUUUUACGAGGGUCCGUCCAUUUUUGCGAAUGUAACUGGUGUUCAACGCCUCGUAGUAGACUUGGAAAAAGCCAUUUCGUGUUUUACGUCAACGUCGAGAGAAACUAGUUCAGACUAUUCACCGACAAAACAAUUUGAAACUGAACAGGUCCGCGAUGAAUUUAUGGUGUCAAGAAUGCAGAUCCUCCCAUCGAUGGAUGACAGGGCCUUCAUACAGAUUUUCCCUUCUGUUGAUUUCGGAUACCUGACAUGUGGAUUACUGAUCAACGAGACAGGGGAGCAAAUAACAUCCAAUUCUCUGACACUGCUCAAGCAGUCGGAUGGACCACCAGUGCAGGAAUAUGUGAUUGGUCUGAAGGGAGCUUUAUGGCCUGAGUCAGGAUGUGAGCUCAUCUUUUGUGGAUCUGCAUGUGGAUGUUUCAACCAGUCAUUGACGAGUGGGUAUGUAUUUGAUGGAAUCGCUGCUCCUUUCUACCGAAAGUUUCACCCUCUCAGAGCGACUCCCUCUGUUGACAACAGAGUGACUGCACACUAUUUUGUCACCUUUGAUUUCAACCCACCGCUGCGUCGCCGUCGCCAAACUUUCGGGGUAUCUGAGCGACCGAGACAACUACAAGAUGACUUGGAAAGUCCUCGCCAGAGUCCGGCUAAGCCCAACGGAAUCCAGGUGCUUCGAGAUGAGUUCGGUGCUGGACUCGAGUACGUGAAGCACGCGCGCUGCUGUCCAGCGGAGCGGACAGAGAGCCCUGUUCUGUUCAGCUGGCCGGAGACGUGUGGUGGAACUGUUACACCGGCGGAGCUGUGCGUUGACAGCGCCGGCCGACCCGCACUCCGGCGCUGCAGCGGCAGCCCACUCACGGGCGUCCAGUGGCAGCCAGUGCAGUUCAGCGGCUCCCGCUGCGCCAGCGUGUCAAAUGUGACCACCAAUCUGCACCUGCUAUCGCAAGUGACCGUGACGACCGAAAACUUGGUGACUACGACUAGUGAGCUGGAACGAUUAACAUCAGAGCCUUCCGGUCUGGUUUUACAGGACUUGAUAUCUGCCACUGUGACGCUGGAAAACAUUCAGGCUGGCCUGGGGGGUCGGGAACCUCAGCUGACAGAAGAUCUGGUGAUUACGCAGAAGAGCGUGGCGACUGUUGUCAGCCAGCUGAUGGACGUCGAUCGUUCAACGCUCAGGACUGCUACGAAAUUGGUAGUGGUAGGUCCUCGUGUUGUACGCUCUCUCGAAGGCAUUCUCCUUAGCUCCUCCUCCGGAAGUGCAGUGAAUGUAAGCACAAGCAAUGUGGCAGCCCGUUCCGGAGACUUCGUUGGUGUCUUCUCGUCCACCAAAGAAAUCGAAAAGUCCUCACUUCAGCUAGCAGGCAAGGGUGUCAUGCGAUCAUCACUAUUUGGUGUAGAGUCAGCACUUGUCUUGGAGAACAAAAAACCGAAAGUGCCCGUUGUGUUUCUCGUAUACCGCGAUGGGCGACUCUUGGAAUCUGGUGGUCAGCGCGUGACCAGUCAGGUAGUCAGCGCCCUACUGCCGUCUGAGCUGGCGGAGACCCAGCUCAGCAGCGAGGUUGUGGUGGCGUUCCGGGGCCGCCCCGGACAGUGUGCGCCAGAGCCGGUCUGCUCAUUCUGGGACGUCGCAGCCUCCCGAUGGUCGACGCGAGGGUGCUGGCUGGAAAAGAUUUACAAUGGUAGCGAUGUCUGUCGUUGCAACCACCUGACCAAUUUUGCAAGGAUCUUCAACUACGAAGAAGACGUGUAUCUCAGCGAAACAUACCAUCGCACACUAGACGUAAUCACGUAUGUUGGAAGUGCACUAUCACUUUUUGGGCUGUUCCUCACCAUGUUAACAUUUGUGGUGUUCAAGAAAUGGAGGAAGCUGCGUGGUAGUCAGAUCGUCAUGCACAUGAGUGUCGCUCUGACAGGGGUGUACGUGACUUUUCUGGGAGGUCUGGCAGCGACAGAACAUCACGGGGCCUGCGUUUGUCUGUCGGCGCUGCUCCACUUCUUCUUGCUGGCGACCUUUGGAUGGAUGGCCGUGGAGGCUGUGUUUCAGUACCUGCGCUUCGUGAGGGUCGUGGGCACUUACAUCUCCAAGUUCAUGCUGAAGGCGAGCAUCCUCGUUUGGGGCGGCAGUCUUGCGCCGGUCGUUUGCGUGCUGGCCGUUCGCCCUCACUGCUACGACGGCCAGGAGCGCGUCUGCUGGAUGGACUUCCAGACUUUCUACUACGCCUUGGCGCUGCCGGUGCUCGCCGUGGUGGUUUUUAACGCCGUCCUCUUUGGCCUCAUCGUGUACGCGCUGAACUGCGGACGCCAGAAGGGGCUGCGCACCAACCAGCCGGAGCGACAGCUGGCGCUGCGCCGUCUUCGCGUCUCGGUCCUCACCUUCGUGCUGCUCGGCCUGCCGUGGGUCUUCGGCCUGCUGGCCGUCAGGGAGGCGCGGAUCGUCCUGGCAGUGCUCUUCUGCGUCUGCAGCAUGCUGCAAGGUUUCGCCAUAUUCCUGCUGAUGGUGGCAGGGGAGAGCGGGGUGCGUGGUCUGUGGCGCUCUCUACUGGCCGGCCGGUGCUGCGCGGAUGGCACUGAAGACGGCACCUCGUCACCCUCCAAAGCCGCGCACACCGGUACCGGCCAGACUUCAGAAACCUCCGUGUCGAGCAGGGGAGGCCGCCAGAACACCAGACUGUAGAGAUGGCGAAUCACCCCAAGUGCCUUGCUCAUAGAAGCUUACGAACGAUUGCAAGCUUUGUAUAUAGUUUAUAAAGGUUAUGCAUACGCGACGGUGAACAUGGAUAAUGUGCAUACUCGUAACACAGCCUGAACUCAUGGAUAGGCUAGCAGAAAGAUGCGUUGUUUUUGGACUGCAGAACAAUACAUAUCAAAUAAUCGUGAGA